UCUGGAAAGGCUUCUUGAGCGGGCCUUGGCCGGCCACUCAUGUCGGUCAGGGCUCGAGUGCUGAUCUCCUGCGCGUCCGAAAGGUAGAAAUAGAAUCAUGGAUACCUACAUAGCGGACAGAGCAGCCUCCGCCGCCAUCUUAGCCCGAUGAGCCUCACUCUGAAGAACGGUGCUAACGGCGUCCAUCUUUUCCUUACAUUCAACGAGCUUGACGGUUUGAAAUUCAACACAGUUGUCGACGGGCUCCGUUCCAGACGUCAGCACAACCACAGCCGGAGGAAGAUCUCCAAUUGGGACCUCCCGCUUCCAAUGGAAGGCAACGUAUUUGGUUCGGAACCAAGCCAAGUAAGCCCUUUAUCUCCACCCGGGUUAUGGGGCAUUGCCGGGUCUAGAAUCAUGGUUUGGGUUUCGGCGCGCGGAACGUCGGCGCCGAAGAGCUCGGCGUUCAGGUCACGACGGACCUUCUCGACAGCGGCUUUCCCCUUUCGGAGCACGGUCGAGGGUGUGUCGGGGUUUGUUAGGGGUGUCAUGGACGGGCCGAGGUGUUGGAAGGCAUCUCGAUGGACCUGGACUAGGAUAAUGACUGGGCGGGGGGUACAACAAAACCUGAGGGUUCAACCCUCACGGAGGCAGGCAUUUUCGGUUUGUCCACUAUUCGCGAUCUUAGUGUCAGACUCUACAUCACGUUUCUUUGAGGCUCACUUGGUCCGUCUGUUCGGAUGAAUUCCCCCUUCUCUGCUUGGAUGCCUGUGGGAAGGGACUUCGGGAAAUGGAUCGCCCUGGUAUGAGGAUUGAGCACUCAGAUCAGACAGGAACUGCAG